CACUCUUGACAGGCUCCUCCAUAAGAGCUAAAUUCUGAAAGAUGUCCGGUCGCGGUAAAACCGGAGGCAAAGGGCGCGCCAAGGCCAAGACUCGCUCCUCCAGAGCCGGGCUCCAGAGACGUAUCCACCGGCUGCUGCGCAAGGGCCACUAUGCCGAGCGGGUCGGGGCCGGAGACCCCGUCGACCUGGCCGCCCUCCUCGAGUACCUGACGGACGAGAUCCUCGAGCUGGCCGGCAACGCGGCCCGGGACAACAAGAAGACCCGCAUCAUCCCUCGCCACCGGCAGCUCGCCUUCCUCAACGACGAGGAGCUGGGUGGGGUCACCAUAGCCCAGGAUGGGGUCCUGCCCAACAUUCAGGCUGUGCUGCUGCCCAAGAAAACCGGGCAGCCCGGCAAGGUUUACGCCUUAAGGGGAGACACCGGGAACAGAUCAAAUCCACCAACCACACUCUUGACAGGUUGGCGAUCAGAAUUUGGUGACGUGUGGAGCCACGCUAACCUGAACCACCUUGCCGCCACAUCCUAUUUCCAAUUUAUGUAGUCCCAAGCAUAGA